UAUCUCUCUCUCCGUAUAUAUAUAUUAUUUAUCUAAUAUCUCUCUCUCCGUGUCAAUAUUUUAGUUUUCGUUUCCAAUUUUGAUUUUUUUUUAUUCUCCUCAGUGUCUUGUUCAAAAGGCUGUCUAGUCUUUAUUUCGUGGAAUUUGAUUCCCACUUAAUUUGCUUUCCCUGUAAAUCACAUACUGCAAGAUCUGAUAAAAGUUGUUGGCUUUGUUCUUGUACUACAUGCAUGGGUGGCUGUCUUGGAAGCUGCAAGAAGCCCAGACUAACAUUAAUAGAUGAACAGUCAAAGGGGUCAAAUAUUCAAGGUCAAACAGUGAAAAAACCUAGCAUUUCAGAGGAUUUUUGGACAACCAGCACUUGUGAUAUGGAUAAUAGUGCCGUUCAGUCACAGGGAAGCAUGUCAUCCAUCAGCACAGUAAACCAGACCCUUGAUCUGCACGGCAGCUCUAGUAGUGGUAGUGCACCUUCUCAAUUUGUAAAUCAUGGUCUUAUUGUCUGGAACCAGACGAGGCAGCGUUGGGUAGGAGAUAAGAAAUCUUUGAAUCGUGCACGUCAGUCUCGAGAACCCAAAUUAAACACUGAUUGUCUCUGCAUGGUUAAAAACUUCUGGCUUUGCUGCAGUUGGAAUGCGACAUAUGAAAGUUUGCUAGGGAGCAACAAACCUUUCCCUCGGCCUAUUCCUCUCUCUGAAAUGGUAGAUUUUCUUGUGGACAUUUGGGAGCAGGAGGGUAUGUAUGAUUGAGCUUAUACAAUUACAAGAAAUUUAAGGGUGGUUUUAAAAUUGAAAUCCCUAUCAAUUAAUGUCAGAUUAAGAUGCUGUUGAGCAAACCGUGGUGUGUGCUAACUGCAACAUUAUUUGUCAUAUGCGCACCUCGGCUUUUCUUUUCCUUCUAAAGGGCCAUUUUUAGACAUGCCUUCGUAUUGCAUUAAAACCAAUAAAAAACAUUGGCUGCCAAUGAUUUUUUUAUGGCAGUACUUCUUGCA